GAAGCACCAUGCGUUUCGUCCCGGGCCUACCUAUUGGACUCGCCAGUAAGGCUUAGGUAAGCCCUGCCUUAGACGCCGGUUACGGAACAUAGGUUGGAAGUUCUAUUUGAAUCGAAACGCCACAGAUAUUAUGCGGUGAGAUAUAGCCGGCGUUUCGGUUGGAGCUGCUAGUUGAGAAGUGGCGGAUAGAGUUCGCCACAGAUAGAUAAGCGCAUCGUCGAUACCCGUCUUUAUCUAUGGAUAAGCGUCCGGGUAAACAAUAACCUUGAAAUAAAGUGAAGUUUUUCUAAUUAUUUAUUAUAAUUAGGAAACAAAUUAUCAUAUCAGCCUUUACACGUUACACUCGCCAAUUAAACUUGAUCAAAGGUCUUACUUUAGCUAAGGCUGGCGAGAUUGGCAUUGUGAUUUCCACUGUGAUUUAUCCCGUUCAUAGCUUCAAAUAGAGCCAGUGCUCUACAAAGCAAAAACAUGGGAAUUUCAACUGUGGUUCAUCUAAUCAUUGCAGGGCACUUUUGGUUUGGCUGCUACUACAAUUGGUUCCAUGUGAACGUGCCACUUGAAGUGUCUGAUUUAGGAGACGCAAAAUUUCGCACAAAACAGUUGAAGUUUUUAACGUACUGGGAUGCUUUACUGCAAUCCAUCUUUUUUACAAUAUGUGUUUUGAACGACUUUAUUGGCUCAAAUGAACGUUUCCCAAAGAAGAGGCCUUUAAUUCGGAAGAUUAAAGAUUUUGUUCUUCCAGCUUUGGCCUUUCCGGUGUCGAUGUUCGUCAGUGUAACAUUUUGGGGUCUCUAUGCAGUUGAUAGGGAAUUAAUUUUGCCAAAAGCCCUCGACCCGUACUUUCCAGGAUGGCUCAAUCAUUUGGUGCACACCAACGUGAUAAUAUUUUCGUUUUUUGAACUCAUUUGGUCUUACAGAAAAUACCCCAGCAGGAAGGUGGGACUGUCUGUAUUAUGUGCCUUUAUGCUCACCUACUUGGUGUGGAUGCAUUACAUUCAUUUCUGCACCAAUAAAUGGGUGUACCGAGUUCUAACAGUAUUGGAUUUGCCUGGACGAAUUGCCUUCUUUAUUGGGAACCUGAGUUUUGCAGUGGCGAUGUAUAUUUUAGGCGAGAAAAUCAAUAACAUUCGGUGGGGGCAUAUUACCAAAGCCAAGGCCCACAAAAAAUAACACGAUUUACGAUCAAUCGCGCUCAAAAUUGCUACUCAAAGUUUUUUAAUGUUUACUUUUUUAUAACGUUUUGUCGGGUAAAUGCACGAUUUGAUUUAAUAGAAAUCAUUUUAUUAUUUAUUGGCUAGUUCGCAAAGACACAGUAUUUCCAAAAGUACUAAACCGAGUUUUAAGCUGAAAUAAUUUAAGUAAUUAGUCUUUAUUUAAUCAACAUAUCUUUGCAAUCAAUUCGUUCCAUAUUUAAAAAAAAAAGACCGGCUGUAGCUCAUAAGGUGACCUCAACUUAGCACGCUUUUUAUGUGACUGUUAUUUAUAGUAAAACGGUGGAAUCCAUGACACGAAAAGCAAUUAACCGGUUCUUAGGUUUUAGUCACAGCAGUAAUUGAUGUAAAAUUUUAUAGGCGGUAGUAAAGUGAUUAAUUGCAUUCAGAACAAAACGCGUAAGGAUUUUUCUCUGGUUACAAAAUAGCGCAUGCAAUGAGUGGGCGUGCAAUACGGCAGCGAAUUUCAAAGUUGCAUAUUUUGCUGAGCAAAAUCGCUCGGAAGCUUUUGUUAAUUCAACGUUGAAACACUACAUAUUACUGAUAUGUAUAGUGGUGCCUUUAAUAUUCUAAAUGGCAAUAUACUUAUAGUGGAAAUUAGGAUUUUAAUGGAGAAUUCGUUGAUUAUUUGGUAACUUUAAGUGCUCAAUUAUAAAAAUGUCCACAAUCUGUGUGUUACAAAAUUGAAAAUUGUGGCUGUUGUAUAUUGAUAAAAUUGUGAUUUCUUGCUACUUACGAGCCCCUUAAUGUCGUAGAAUUUUAAUAAAAAUUAAAUGUUAUUUAGUAA